GUAUUCUGUCCACUGCUUCAAGUCAGAACACGUCGACCAUAUAUUUGCACUUCUGCUUCUCGACGUCCAGAACGAAGUAAACACCUCAGCGAGGACUUAUAUCACUCAGCAUUGACAUUGCGACGCGUUAUUUCCAUCCUCCAUAACCAUGGGUCGCGCUACUCAAACAAUUUCUUUUGCCUUGCUGGUUUCCUCAGCAUACCUCUUGCUAGCACUACCACUCUUGACCCAAGACUCACCGGUGCCAUCUCUAUUACCGACCAAAAUCCAAGUCGAGAUCAUCCCCGUUCUGCCCUUCUGGGCUCUCAUUUCACUGGGCGCCUAUCUGCUAGGACGAUUGGGCCUGGGAGUCUUGCGCUUCAAUGACACAAAGGCAGCAUAUACGGAGCUCAUGGGACAAAUAGACGCGGCAAAGAAGAGCUUGGACACGAGAAAGGUGCGCUGGGAUUGAGCGUCCGGCCGGAAAUCUCGGAGGAUACCUCGGACAGCAAGGCUGGCAGUGUCUGUUCUAUCAUCUUCAAUACCGGCGUUCACU